GCCCCAUUGCAUGCCUACUAAUACAAGAAGCUCCUGUUGCAUGCCUACUAAUACAAAAAGCUCCCGUUGCAUUUUCUGCCUUCGAAAAUUGACCAAAUAAUAAUGGAGAAACGAAUAGCUAUCAUCGGAGCUGGAAUCAGCGGCCUGCUUGCCUGCAAGUAUGCUCUAGCAAAAGGUUAUCAUCCGACAGUCUUCGAGGCACAAGACUGCGCUGGUGGCCUGUGGAAUCACACCAUUGAGUCUACUAAGCUUCAGAAUCCCAAAGAAGUUUUCUCGUUUUCUGAUUUCCCAUGGCCCUCUUCUGUUAAAGAAACAUUUCCUCGCAACACUGAAGUCUUGAAGUACGUUCAAUCUUAUGCUCAACAUUUUGGCUUGUUACCUUACAUCAAGUUCAACACCAAAGUGAUUGGCAUCGAUUAUGUGGGCGUUUCCCGUGAAGAGAUGCAGGCCUGGGAUCUUUGGGGUGGAACAGGACAGGCGUUUGGCUCCAAAGGCAAAUGGAACAUAAAAGUUCAGCACACUACUGAAGACAAAUCCAUUAAGGAAUAUGAGGUGGAAUUUGUGAUUCUUUGUAUUGGAAGAUUCAGUGGUGUGCCAAACAUCCCUGAAUUCCCUCCAAAUCAUGGUCCUGAAAUUUUUGGUGGUAAGGUGUUGCAUUCCAUGGACUACUCGGCCAUGGACAAUGCCAGUGCUGCGGCAUUGGUCGAAGGAAAAAACAUUGCAAUCAUAGGUUCAGAGAAAUCUGCAGUGGACUUGGCUGCUCAAUGUGCAAAUGUAAAUGGGAUUGACAACCCUUGCACAAUGGUUCAUAGAGCAGCUCACUGGAUGCUUCCUAGUUACUAUGUAUGGGGAGGAGUGAGGAUUGAUUACUUGUACUACAAUCGAUUCGCAGAGAUUUUGGUGCACAAGCCUGGUGAAGGAUUCCUACACAGUGCAUUAGCCUUCCUUCUCUCACCUUUGAGAUGGGGUAUUGCAAAACUUGUAGAGAGCUAUCUCAGAUGGAAAUUUCCCUUGAAGAAGUACAACAUGAUACCACCACAUGGCUUUCUGCAAGAUGUGUUUUCUUGUGAAUUCCUCAUGCUACCAGAAAAUUUCUUUGACAGAGUGGUAGACGGAAGCAUUGUAUUAAAGAAGUCAAAAAACAUCAGCUUCAGCAGAGAAGGAUUGAUGAUUGAUGGAGAAACUCAGCCCUUGAAAGCAGACGUUAUAAUUCUUGCCACUGGAUACCGAGGUGAUCAGAAACUCGGCAAUAUUUUCACUUGUCCAUCUUUCCAGGAGUACAUCUUAGGGUCAACAAGCUCCACAAUAGCUUUAUACAGGCAGAUCAUUCAUCCGCGAAUUCCACAACUUGCAGUGAUAGGAUACUCAGAGAGCCUGAACAACCUUUACACUCUCGAAAUGAAAUGCAGAUGGCUGGGACAUUUUCUUGAUCAAACCUUUCAAUUGCCGAGCAUAAAGGAAAUGGAGAAGGAUGUUCGCAUGUGGGACAAGUACAUGAAGCGUUAUGCUGGCAAGUACUACAGAAGAUCUUGUCUUGGUGCUUCGCACAUAUGGUACAACGAUCAAUUGUGCAAGGACAUUGGAUGCAACCCCAGGAGAAAGAAGGGAUUCUUCUCAGAGUUGAUUGAACCAUACGGACCAGCUGAUUACGCGGAACUUAAUCCUCGGUCUUAAAUGAAGAACAUUUUGCAUCGUUGGAUAAAGUUGUUUUGUUGAUUGGGUUGUGCAACAAUAUCUUCUUCCAUACCAAAAAAAAAAAAACUUCCAUUCGCAUUCGUUCAACAAUAUCUUAAAUUAGUACCAUUUACUUGAAAAUAAUUUGUGUUUUGAGUACAAUCAAAGUGUGACUUUUGCAACCUUUUA